GUUCAGCUCAAACCCUGCUCGACAAGACUGACGCUGGAGAGUGGGGGCGUCGGCGAGCAAGGGAACUGAAGAAGAAAAAUUAGGGGAGUGAACCUAAAUUUUUUUUUCUUUUCAGAUUCAUGAGCGGCGAAUCGAACCUUGGGGUUUCUGAGCUACCUCACUACGACCUACUUGUGAGUUUGUUCAAGUUUCUCAGCGAUUUCAGGAACUCAAAAGCUUCAGAUAUUGUUCCAUAGUUCUUCUCUCAGAAUGUUGAAACUAUUUCGACGCAAUUCGGGGAAGAAUCCCGCUGCAGAGGAGACUGAGAAUGUGCCUGUAAACCCGGAAGAUUCAUCUUUGAUUCAUACAGGUACUAAUGUGGCAAGGGCUCCUCUAAAUUCAAUCCAGAAGCCCACUCAAAACCAAAAAACUGCGACAGAACAAGAAGCAGGCAAUAGAAGUAAGCUUGGUAGGACCCCUACGAAGGUAAAGGGCAAAGUUUGUGAUGCCACAUUGCCAUUUCGAACUCCAGUUAAACAAGGUGUAGAGCUUUGUACAAGUACAGGUUUCGAACUCGCGAGGAGGGGAGGACUGAUGUUGGCAACGCUAACAAUCAUGUGCCAGUCAUUCCGGGUGAUUGGCACAAACAUGACCCCUCGUUCAGCUUGGACAAUGGGAAGAGCUAGAUCAAAAAAUUCCAAGUGUAAUUCAACCCAGAGCACACCAACCAAGAGUGUCACCAAGCCUCCGAAUCCUGCAUUUGCUCACUUAAGUGGCUCUCUUCGAUCUGUGAACAUCGGAGUUCGUGCAGGAACCUUUGCUGCUUUAUCUAAAGGGAUUCCAGUUUAUUCUGCUCCAUCUAUGGUUGUUAAUACAGCUGAAGUGCCUCACUUCGAGCUUAAAGAAGAUCCAUCAUUCUUGAUGGAUCACAAUGUACAGGUUUUAAUACGUAUCCGCCCUCUCAAUAAUGUGGAGCAGAGUUCACAUGGUUAUCUCCGGUGCUUGAAGCAAGAGAGUGCACAGAGCAUUGCUUGGGUUGGACAACCAGAUAUCCGAUUCACAUUUGAUCACGUAGCAUGUGAAACAGUCAAUCAGGAAAUGCUUUUCAGAGUUGCGGGUCGGCCAAUGGUGGAGAAUUGCCUUUCUGGUUACAACAGCUGUAUGUUUGCAUAUGGCCAGGCAGAAAGCUUCUGUGCUAAAAGUGAACGCCUAAAGGAAGCUGCAAAUAUCAACAAAUCAUUAUCUACACUUGGUAAUGUAACAAUGGCUCUAGUGGAUGUGGCACAUGGAAAGCAAUGACAUGUUCCUUAUAGAGAUUCAGGAUUGACCUUUCUUCUUCAAGACUCGCUUGGUGGAAACUCCAAGACUAUGAUCAUUGCUAAUGUCAGCCCUUCUAUGUGUUGUUCGACUGAAACACUAAGCACUUUAAAGUUUGCUCAGCGGGCAAAACUUAUUCGAAACAAUGCUAUUGUGAAUGAAGAUUGUUCAGGAGAUGCACUUGAAUUGCAGCACCAGAUACGGCUUUUGAAGGAGGAGCUUUCCAUUCUGAAGCAUCAGAAUGUCUUUAGGUCUUUUUCAUUUGGUUCUACAAUGCUUAGAGAUACUGACAGGGAAGGAAAUUACAGUGCUUCUGUGGAAAGGAUACCUGAAAUGGAUCAUCAGAAGGCAGAAGAUUUGCAUGGGUCUGCACGAUUGGGCACUAUUAGAGUUUCCAUUGAAAAGUUGAAGUCUUUGGAAACAAUAAUUGCCAGUGGCUUGAGAAGAGAAAAGAUAGCAGACAAUUCUAUCAAGCAACUUGAAGCUGAAAUCGAAAAGUUGAACCAUUUGGUUUUGCCAAAGGGAAGAAGACACCCUUCAGCUCUAUCAAAAGAGAUUGAGUUGCUUCGAGCUGGAAUUGAUAAGAACCCAGAAGGAAUAGCGCUAAUAUUAGCGCCUAUGACAGGGACCAUUUGGUCCUUGUUAUGUUUGUUUGGGUCUUUUGGGGAUUUUCCUUAUUCACUCUACUUGAUUGUCAUGGUUGGGACUGUGCCUGUUACUACUUCUACUGUUUCUUCUACUAUUGCUUCUUCUGCAUUGGAUAAUAUCAAUGUCCAGAUCACCUCUAUCAAGCUCAAAGGGAGCUCGAACUAUCUUCUUUGGGCUCAGUCUGUUAAGGUGUAUUUGUUAGCUAAAGGCAAACUGAGCUAUACCACUUCUGAGGCUCCUUUGCCUGAUGAUGCUAAGUAUGACAAUUGGAUGAAGGAGAAUGCCUUGAUUCUGAUCUGGUUGUGGAACAGUAUGGAACCAGAUGUAGCUGCCAAUGUUAUAUUCCAUUCUACAGCCAAUGGAGUAUGGGAUGAUCUGAAGGAAACAUACUCCCAAGAGAAGAACAUGACACGGAUCUAUGACAUAUAUGAGAAGCUUUUCCAGUAUCAAGACUUCUAUGGAGAAGGGGAGAGAGAACUCCUUCUGGAUGAAGUAUCUGAAUUACGGGAUCAGAUGGUUCAAUUCCUUGAUGGGAAAAUUUCAAGGCAAGACCAAGAUAUGAGUAUUUUAACUCAGUUGGAAAACACACACAAAGAGUUAGAAGACUGCAGGAGUAAGCUAAAAUCUUGCAUGGCGAUCAAUGCAAAACUCACAAGAGAGUUUGAUGUUCUGCAUGCUCAAUUUAAGAACCUCAGACCUGCACCCAUUGAUCCAGAUGCUAACACUAAACUUCAGAAGGAGUCCUCAGUGGAAGCUCAAGUAAACCAGAGUCGCUUGCUCAAAGAGGUUGAAAAAGAGAAAUGGAAGCAUGGAAUGCUAAUAAAACACACACAGGAAAUCAUGAAUUUGCACCUGGAGUCAGAUAUACUAAAGAUUAUACUCCAGGAAGAAACAUCAUCUCGCAGUGAGGUAGAGGAAAGGGCUUUGUGCUUGGGUAGAGACCUUGAGUCGGCAAAAGAGAGGUGUUUGCAGAUUAGCAAGCAAUUUGAAGAUGGAAAGACUUUAAUUGAAGCUCUUGAAUCUCAACAUGUUUUAUCAAUGAAUGAAUUGGAGGAUCUUAGGGACAGUAACAGUCAUUACGUGGAGCUCCUGAGUAAACAACAGCAGGAAAUAGCCAUUUUGAAGGACCAACUUUGUGGUCAAGAAAUAAAAGACCACCAGCCUUUUAAGGAUUCCAAGAGUGAGAGUUACCCGUCACAGGAAACAAUGAAGAAAAUGAAGGAUUCUCUUGAAAAGGCCAAGAGACUAAAUAUGUGGUACAAAAGUGAUCAGGCAUUCCAGACAUCCCAUGAACAGGAAAUGGAUGAAGUUCGUUGCCAGGUUGAUGCUGAAACUGCUGAGGUGAUUGUCUGUUUGCAGGAAGAGCUUGUGACUCUUCGGCAGCAAAUCGAGGAUUGUAAUGCAAAAGAGGUAGAGGGAAAACAAAGUUUGGCUCUUCUGGAAAGGGAAUUGAAGGUGCUGCAGGAAAGGCUACACCGGAUGAGCCAGGAUAACAAAAAGCUAGACAAACUACUUGAGCAAAAAGAUGUGGAAAUAAGAGCAUUAUCCAAAGACUGGGAAAGAUUGGGCUGCGAGUUCGAAAAAGCUCUUGCCGAUGGGCAUGAGGCACUCAAUGAUGCCUCAAAUCAGCUUGACUUGAUAUACAAUCCCCUACCUCAGAGGACUUGGAUUGGUGAGCAGGUGGGGAGGAUUAUAAGGGUCAUCUCUAAUAAAGAAUCUUUGAUUGAAGAGCUACAAAGGUGUCUGGAGGAUGCAAGUGAUAUUAAAAGUGAAAUGGAAUGGAAGCCGAGGUCCCUAAGAGGUUCUGCAUUGGCUGUAACUGAAGCAGAACAGCAGGAAAGAAAUGACAAGGACAAAGAGGUUGUCCUGUUAAUGUCAAAGCUGAACAAGAAAAACACCUCUAUAAUAUAGCUGAAGAAUAGGAUUAAGAUGGGACAGGAUCGGAUUAGAAAGGCAGAGGAUUGUGCUAUGGUUGCUUUCGUGAUUGUAAACAGAUUCUCUGAGAUAAAUUCUGAUUAUCUCAAUGCAUAGGAGCAUAAAGAUCUCCAGCUUAGCGAAUCAAUGGAUUUGAAUUUGAAGAAGGAUGCUCUUUUACAAGACCAGGUUGCUGUGAAUGCAGAAGCAGAAAAUCAGAUACAACUUCUGAAAAUGGAAAGAGAGUCAUCUGAGGAAAGCUAUGAUAAACUCAAAACCCAACUUUUUGAGGAGAAGAAGCUUGUUUGUAGUUUGGUACAGAAGCUGGAAGAAUUUGAGAAAGAUGACAUUUUGAAAACAAGUGGAAAACUAGAUGAGAAGGAGAAUAUUAGGAAGUACGAAGAAGAGGGUCAGAAAAGUAUUGAAUCUCUUAAAGCUCAGGUCCUUGCACUGCAAGAAGAGAUAAGCAGCACGGAGAAAAUAUCUCAAAAUUAUAGCGUGCUGGAGCUUGAACUCAGCGAUGCAAAGGUGGUUGCAGAGCAUAAAACUGUUGACGCUUCUUGUCUGCUUGCUAACUUUGAAGAGGCUCAAGAAAGCAUGAAAGAAGCAGAUGUAAUGGUAAAUGCACUGCUGGCCCAGAAUGAAAACGUGAAGCUUGAGAUAGAAAGGCUCAAAAAAAUUGAAGCAGCACUAGCCAAUGAGGUUCAGGACUUGCAGUGCUCUAGUUAUCUGAAGGACUUGCAACAUGACAACCUAGAAAGGCAGUUUAGAUCAAAUUUGAGUGAAACGAAGAGUCAAGUUCAGGCACUGGAGGAUAUCAUUGAAGAGGUUCAGACCACUUUCAGGGAAGAAUUUGAGUCAAUUAUAUGUGAUUUCCACUGCUUGAAGACUCAGCUUCUAUGUUCGACAAAAUUAAUGAGGUCAUGGUUGGAGGAUGUCUGGUCUGAGAUUAUUGAGAAAGAUUGUUCUGUGUCAGUGGUACACCUUUGUCACAUGGGGAUGUUGCUGGAGAUGGUGACUGGACUGAAUGCAGAAAAAAGAUUGCUUUAUCAUGGGCUGUGUGAAUCAACAUCUGUGACAUCUGAUUUGAGGGAGUACAAUUUGAAAUCAGAAAGAGAGCUUGAGACAUGUAGAGCCCUCAAGGGGAAGCUACUGGUUGACAUUAAGAACAGCUUUGAUCGCAUCACAAGGAAAGAAAAUGAUACUGGAAAGCUAAGUGCCAAGGUGCACUCUUUUGAGAAAAAAAUCUUGGAUUUACAGCUCCAAGAAGAGUUGAUGUUGGCCAGGUCAAACACUAUAGGAUUUGAGCUUGCCAUUUUAAUGAAAGAAUUGGACCUAAGACAGGCAAAUGGAUUAAUAGCACGUUUAGAACAAAAGCAAGUACUCAGAGAUAAAGAAGAGGUUAUAAAAUCUCAGGCUGAAUUUAAUAUGCUAGAUUCAAUAGCCAAAGACUUUGAAUCACUAGUCUUGGUAGCGGAGUUGAAACUCAUGGGUAUUAGGAAAGCUGAACUAGAGAGAGAGCAAUAGGCACUCACUGAAAUCCUCGAAAAUAAAGAAAUGAUCCUUCUUACGGUGGAUGCAGAAAUGGAAAUGCAAUUGUUAAUGGAUAUGGAAGUUGAGGUUGCUCAGAAAGAUGUUGAAGAAGCAUGUACUGAUAGACACGACUUAUCACUGAAGUUGAAGCAAAGCAGUUUAAAAAUCACAGAAAUGGAUACAAUUAAGAAUACUCUUGAACUAGAUAUUCAAUCCUUGAACGAAGUUGCAUGUUCUAAUGACAAAUUAAAAGUUGACCUUGAUGGAAUCCUUAAAAAGAAGGAAAGACUAGCAGUCCAGGUUCAAGAACUUGAAUCUGAAAGGGAAAAACUUCUUCAAGACCUACGAAUGAAGGAAACAGCUCUGAGAUCUUCCUCUAAUCAAAUUGCUGUCCUUGAUCGAACAAACCAGAAGUUGCAUAAUGAUGUGUGCUUGCUUGAAGCUUUAGUUUGCAGACUUCAAACUGACUUGGAUCAGGAAAAAUGUAGUUUGCACAACAAAAUCCACUCCCUGGAAACUUCCAUUUCCAGAAUUCAAGUUGAUCUAGGAGUGAGACAAGUAGGACUGGAGGAGCUUCGACAUUCUCAAUCUGUCACAGAAGAGAAGCAUAGUUUGAAAAUCCAGGAUUUAGAGACUCAUAUUAGCAAAAUAAAUGCCUUGAAUGUUGAAAUCUGUAUUGGUUCAGUUGAAGAUCUAGAUAUGUCAAGGGACAGAAUGUUUCAAGUAUUAGAGGAAAAAGGUUUUAGAUUGUUAAGUAAUAUGUUCCUGGAUAUUUGUGAGAAUGAAGAAAGCACGUCUAAGUUUAUAGCAGAAUCUGAGUGCUUGGAGCACUUUGCUGAAGAGCUGACGUCUGAAAAUUUCUUUCUCAAAGCUGAGUUGUUGCGUAAAGAUGAAGUUUUGAAAGGCCUGUUGUUUGAUCUUAGCUUGUUGCAGGCAUCAGCAUCUAAUGCCAAGGACCACACAGAUGAAAUUGAAGGAAUGGCGGUUGCCCUGGAGUCUUUCAAAAAUAAUCUUGCAAUAAAAACACGUGAGCUUGAUGAAACUGUAGCUCAUGGUCGAUUAGUUGAAGCCCAAUUGCAAGAGAAAAAUAACAUGAUGUCUACUUUUGAGUUGGGUAUUUCAGAGAAGUUUGAGUCACUAAAACCUUCACAGGAAAACCAUGAGCUGAGAGUUCACAUGGAAGGUAUUUUAGCAGCAAAAACUUCCAUUGAGGAGGAAUUGAGGGAGAGAAGGAAGGUAACUGAAAGAUUAGAGGAGGAAAUCCUUGGAAUGGGCAAUGCCCUAGGCCAAAUGAACCAUUUCAUUGACAGCUUGAAGAAUGAUUUGUACACAGUUAUGACUGAGAAGGAUAAACUUGAGUCUGAGUCACUUGUAUUGAAAGAGAAACUAGAAAAAGCAGAGGCCCUAGCUGAAGAAAAUGAAGCUAUUGCAAUCGAAGCUCGACAGAUAGCAGAGUCAAGGAAGGUUUAUGCUGAAGACAAGGAGGAGAAGGAGAAGCUGCUUGAGAGGUCCAUGGAAGAGCUAGAAUCUACUGUAAAUGUAUUGGAAAACAAGGUGGAAAUAGUCAAAGGGGAGGCUGAAAGGGAACCGUUGCAGAUGGAGGACCCAGAGAUGGAGCUUCAGCCUGUGAAUCAUCAGAUGCUUCUAGUGCAUGCUUCUGGACCUGUCAUGGACUCAGAAGCUCAAGGAUUUGGAAGAUCUGGAGGCCGUUUGCAAUCUUGUCUUGGAUUUCAUAAAUACAUUGUAUCAUUGCUUAUCAGUGCUGACAUCCAUUCACUUUCCCUAGGCAUCUAGAAGAGAAAGAGAUUGACUUGCUAGAAGCCCGAAAGGAGAAAAAUAUUCUUGAGAAGGAUAUGGCUGACAAGGAUGCAGAAGUGUGACUUCUUGGUGCUUAUGUCUUCCAUUGUUUCCUUUGAUUGUAUGCAAUAUGGUAUACUCAUGUUUGUCUAUCUGGAUCAAUUAUUGGGGUUGCUGGUGCAUGGGCAUUGUAUGCUUGUGGCAUGCCUUGAUGUUCCAUAGCAUUUUCCUUCAAUUAUUGCGGCUGUAAUAUCUCUCCAUGUACCGAUGCAACUAAAAUUGUAUUUUUACCAUAGUUUUUAAUGUGGUAAGGUGACGUAGGCGUUUGAGACUCUUUCGAAGC